UCGAAAGCAUCACAACCACUUUCGGCCUUCCACAAGCAACAGUUUGAACCGAUCAGAACAUGGCAGCCAAGUACUCCCUCAUAUUCGCCCUGGCGGCGCUCUGCUGCCUGGUGGCCACCAGCGAGGCGGCGGCCCAACGUAGCCGAGUGCUCAGCUCACGCCGCGACUCUGAGCUGGUCGCCAAGGAGGAGUCCGAGCUGGCCGCCCAGGAACAGGAGAAGGAGCAGGAACUCGAGCGCCAGGAGCAGGAGGAAGACAGGAGCGAGCUGGAGGGUCGCAGCGAGGAUGCCGCCGUCGGCACCGACAACAAGCAGAACAAAGACACCACCACCAACGACAAGGACACCAUUGUGCGGCCCAACAAGGAUGAUGCCCGUGCCCGCCGCAUUGUUCGUGCCGGUCGUCGUCGCGGCGGUCGUCGUGGUCGCCGUGGAGGUCGCCGUGGUCGCCGUGGAGGUCGCCGUGGAGGUCGCCGCGGAGGACGCAGGCGCGGUGGACGUCGUGGAGGCCGUCGCGGUCGUGCCGGUGCUCGAAGGCGCACUUCCAUCAAGAGGCGCUCCGGCAAGGGCAACAAGGCCUAAGAAUUCCAUGCAAUAAUCACAAACCCGCCCGACUAAGGACUCGAUACAGAACUGUAAUAUAUGAUCCGCUGAAUAACAAAAAAUAAAUAUAAUAUAAAAAAAAUCUA